AUGUCGCCGACGCCGACGGUGCUCCACCCGCUAACACUGCUUGAGUUCCUCCGCUAUGUCCUGACUACCCAGUCCAGCACAAGCCCGACCUUGUUGAUUAUCUGCUCCAGUCAGGAAUCUUUCUUGGAGUACCUUGCUACUUCAUUGCAACAGAGUCGCAGCGAGCCAGCCACAGAAGAGCUAGAGCGACUGCUUGCGCCUUCGCUCCACAACUUGUUCACGAGCCGACACGUCAGACUUGCUUUCUGCCCAUCUGUACAAGCACUGCUCGCCUACUUGACUGCAUAUGGCCAUACUGCGGCUGAGUCUAUAGCUGAGACCAAACCAAAGGAAAGGGUCGUGUUGGUAAAUCCGCUCGCGCUGCACGCACCAACGCCAUCUUUCUCCGCCCAGGGCUUGUCACGAUGCUUUGCUACAGCAGCUGACGCUGCACUGAAUACUGGCGUUCAACUCCAUAUAGUCGAGUGUGAAGGAAGCUAUGGUACUUCUGCGGCCCCUGCCGAAGAGGAUGUUGAAAUGGAUACUGAGCACGAGACCCGACGCGAAGCUAUCAUGGGAGAUCCAUGGGAGCAAGAAAUAUCCAUUCUCAAUGUUUCAGCACGGAGAUUUGGUUCUGGAAGCAGUGGGCGAGCAUGGGCGGGUCGGACCGUCAAGGCGAAGAGGAUUGCAGGAAGAUGGUUUCACUUCGACCAGGUCGAGAAAUAUCAAGCACAUUCGAGCCAAGGACGGAACGAGACGUAA